CAAACCGGGCAUAAUUGGAGACAUAAGACGUCAUAAUUACUUUCCGACGCUUCGUAUACCCAAUACGGUCUCAGACACCCACUUCCUCUCAAACUGCAACGACGGCCCGAAUUAUGAAGACCGAGCCGCAAAACCCACAGGGGCUCGUGAUAUCCGCUACCGAAACCAUACGAUCAUUCCUCUCCGGGGCCUCCAAAGAUCCGCACCUUUCUCCGGAGCUCCAACAGAUUGCCUUUGAUCUAACUUCUCAAUGCAAUGUUCCGUACAAGUCGCUUCGAGCUCUCUGGUUCGCGUCCCAGCCCUACACCCGACCCGCUCUGAUCCAACUCUUGUCCGGGUCCGAGUUCGUCUUCACCAGCCCCAAACCUAGAGAGAAGAGUGAAGAAUUGAAAGCGAGGCUGAGUAGGCUUGCGGAAUUAGCAGAGAGGAACGCGUAUCAAGAGCUCGUUAAGGAUAUUACGCCGAAGAAGGAUCCUGAGCCUUUCUCUUCUUACAAGGAUCAAUUGGGCUUCGGUUUACAUGUUGUGCUUACAAUGUUUACCGGCUAUUUGGUUGGAUAUGCUGCAUUCAGAGCGCUAUUUAACCAGAGUCCUGUCAUGAAUGCUGCUGGAGGCAUCCUUGGUUUGGUUGGUGGCAUGCUUGUAGAAACACUUCUUUUCAUAAUCAGAGCUUCCAAUGAAGAUCGAAGACCUACAUCUUCUGCUUCGGAACUAAAGAAGAAUCAAUAGACUUGAUCUUAAUGUUAAGAGAUUGGCCUUUUUGUCUAUUCCUUAGUCUGUUCAGUCUUGAGAUCUUAUGUCAAUAUUGUUGAACCAGUUCGCCUACACAUUGUCUGGGUAUGUAGCCUUUAAUGGCAAGAUUUUGUCAAGGUUUAUAAAUAGCAUUUCCCAAAAGCAUUGUACUCA